AUGGGCUGCCUUUUUUGUCUUGAUCGACCUCCUGAAAACCUCCCACAAAGGAGGGGUAAUCCUAAUAGAAACCAAGAAGAAAGGAGAGGAAGCAUUCAAUUAAGGAGGGGUACAAUAAGAAAUUAUUAUGAUAUUGUCAAAACAAUAGGAACUGGUGGAUUUGGAACAGUCUUUAAAGUCAUAGACAAUCAUUUAGGCGUUGAAAGAGCUUUAAAAGAAAUUCAAAAAUCCAAGGUUGGCUCUGACCAUCAAAGAAAAAUGAUGCAAGAAAUAGAAAUACUGAAAGAAAUUGUAAUCUCUAAAUAGAACCAUCCCAAUAUAAUGAAGGUUUAUGCUGUCUUAGACUCAGAGACAUGCUAUUAUAUAGUCACUGAGCUUUUAACUGGCGGCGAAUUAUUUGAAAAAGUUCUCACUCUCCUUUCCUCUUGACAAAAUCACCUUAUAAAAUGCAAAAAUCUUUUUAUAAAACUAUUUUUUAUAUACGGAUAAUUGUUAUAUUGAAAUAUUUAGCUAAUUCUAUUUAAUUUACAUUUAAAAUAUAAAUAUUACAAAAUUAUAUUAAUUUUUGCUUUCCAAUUUUUUAAAUCUCUAGAAAAUUACAUUAUAAUUUUAAAUAAAAAUUAAUCCAUCAACAAGCAAGCAAAGUUUUUCUUGCUCAUGGAGAGAAGAGUCAGUGAAAUGAGAUUUAGUGAAAAUAAGGCAGCUAAAUAUCUUCGAGAUAUUAUGAACGCAAUAAGCUAUUGCCACUCAAAAGGAAUUGUUCAUAGAGACUUGAAGCCUGAAAAUCUGCUUUUAGCUACAAGAGAUCCUGACUCUCCCUUGAAAGUAAUUGAUUUUGGAAUUUCACAGAGACUAAUCCCUGGGUCAAAAUUUACAAAUCCAGUAGGGACUUUACUCUACAUGGCUCCUGAAGUAUUUUCUGGAUCAUAUGAUCAUAAAUGUGAUAUCUGAAGUGCAGGAGUCAUUUUAUAUCUCAUGCUUACUCUCCUCUUCGUUAUCAAAUAAAAUUUGUUAUUUAUACUGAAAUAUUUUAAAAACAUAUAUAUAUAAAUUUUAGAUUGAAGUUUAAAAAAUGAUCUAUUUAAAAUUAAAAAAAUUAGCUCGAAAUUGCAUUAUACUCGAUAUCACUUAUAUAUAUCAAAUAAUAUUUUAAUAGGGGUGUGCUAUUUCUCUAAAGUAUAAUUUCCAUUAUUUUCACUAGCUCACGAUAGGGGAUUAGUAAUUUCUAAUAAGGCGGUCGUCCUCCCUUUGUAGGGAUAACUGAAAAAGAAGCAAUAAACUCAAUAAAAGCUUGCAAACUUGACAUGGAUAAAGGGUGCUGGAAAACUAUUUCAAACGAAGCAAAAGACCUAGUAAGCAAAAUGAUUUGUGUAAAUCCUGCUGAAAGAUUAAAUGCAGAAAGAGUUUUAAAUCAUCCUUGAAUUAAAACUCACGCUAACAACAAUAUCGUUAGUUGCUUAAAUUGCAACAUUACGACCAACAUGUGGAAUUUUUUCCACAUGUGAAAAGAUGAUUCCAUGUGAAGCCCUUUUGAUUUCACAUGUGGAAUCUUCUUUUCACACGUGGAAAAGAUUCCACAUGCUUGUUGUAAUGUUGAAAUUUAAGCAACUAACGAUAUUGCUGAAAUCCCAAUUAAAGGAGAAGCAAAAGAAGAACUCGAAAAAUUCAGCGUAAAACUUAAUAUAGGCACAAACAAAGCUGAAAAAAUCAAUUUAUACUUUUAUAGCUGCUCAAGUCACAAAUCAAGAAGAAAGAGCUCAAUUAGAAAGCGUUUUCAGAAGUUUAGAUAAAAAUAAUAGUGGAAAAUUAACUGAAGCUGACCUCGCAAAUGGUUCUGCAAUACUGGGGUUGAGCCACUAUCUUGAUGUUGAAGAAGUUAUGAAAAAUUGUGACAUGGACGAGAGAGGGUAUAUUGAUUAUGUGGAAUUUCUUAAUGCAGCAUCUAAUUGGGAUGAAAAAUCACAUAAAGAUCAGCUUAAAAAAUCGUUCCAGACAUAUGCUUCAGGGGUCCAUGGAAAAAUUGCUAUAAAUGACUUAAAAUCUCAUGUCCCAGGAAUAGAAAAUACAGAAUGGAAUCAGUUUUUAAUUGAAGCUGAUAGAGAUAGAGAUGGAGCAAUAAAUUUAGAAGAGCUUAAAGUUUAUCUUGAAAACAAAGGGUUUUUAUAA